AAGCAAGUUCCACAUUUAUUGUGUUUGUGUGAUUUGUUUUUGCAUUAAUAUUUUUUUUUUAAUAACUUUAAAAUACCCAACAAUUCUGCUGUGAUUAUAAUGCAAUUUUCUUCUUUUUUUUCAUUAAUGAAAUACAGGUUUGGGGUGACAUUAAAGCACCAGACAUGAUGAAUUUUGGUGAUAUAAACUCUCAUACUUGGCUUGUUUUCUCAAAUGUUGAUGGGCUUAUUGUCAGUGGAACUGGGCAAAUUGAUGGCACUGGAAAAUCUUGGUGGGAUUCCUGUCCAAAGGCUUUGACAUUCAAUCGGUGUAACAACCUUCGGCUAAGUGGAUUGAGGCAUGUCGAUAGCGCAAAUAACCACAUUUCGAUUACCAAUUGCGCAGUUGUCACCAUCUCAAACAUUCAUAUAACUGCACCUGAAACUAGCCCUAACACCGAUGGCAUUGACAUCAGCAAUUCCAACCGUAUUGUGAUUCACGAUUCUUACAUUGGAACAGGUGAUGACUGCAUUGCUAUGAUUAAUGGCUGCAAAUAUAUCAACAUUACUGGCGUAAAUUGCGGUCCAGGCCAUGGAAUAAGCAUUGGAAGCUUGGGAAAAAAUGGAAGUAGAGCUACAGUGGAAGAACUACAUGUGAAGAACUGUACCUUUAAUGGAACUCAAAAUGGGGCAAGGAUCAAGACAUGGCAAGGCGGGUCCGGAUAUGCUAAGAUAAUUUCUUUUGUUGACAUUAUACUUAUUGAAACGGGCAACCCUAUAUUGAUCGACCAGUAUUAUUGUCCACACAACACUUGCAAAGAUCAAACAUCAGCAGUAGGAAUCAGCAAUGUUUCAUUUACUGGAUUUCGUGGAACAACUAAUACAAUAGAUGCAAUCCAACUCAACUGCAGUAAAAACGUACCUUGUACCGACAUUGAAUUGAAUCAGAUCAACAUAAUGCCAACGCCUGAUAUGAAGCCGGGAACAAUUCUUCAAUCCACUUGCAUUAAUGCCCAUGGAACAUCUAACACAUCCAAUAAUCCUAAAGUGACUUGUUUAAUUCAGUAGCUUGACUAUGAUGUUAUGAAGUGUUAAUAUUAUAGUAUAUAUUGUUAUCAUCAUGGAUAAGUAGGCAG